AUGUGGAGGGACGCGAGGUUCGCGCUGAAAUCCCAUGACCUCUCCGACGACCAAAAGACGCUUCGAGUUGUAUUUUAUUGGAUUUCCAGCGCCAGAUAUGGGCUGCGCUAUCUAAAAGACCCGCCAACUCCUUCUCGCAAUGUUGACUGCAGUGUGGGGAGAACCUGCUUUCUGGAUUGCCAGUCCAGAUCAAUCAUACGCUUGGGCGAUAUCCUCACAUUCACUACACCGGAUCCGACAAAGUGGCCACUGCCAUCAGUGCAGCUGUUAUGCAUGCAAUGUUUGCUAAAUCGCCUAGUGGCGAUCACUGGGGCGGCCGAUGUGACAGACGAAGAACUCGAGUCCGACGAUCCAAUGGGUCUUGCUCCUCCUAUCUUGGUCGGCUACGACGACGACGACGACGACGACGACGACGAGGAGGAGGAGGUGGAGGAGGAGGGUAUCAGCCCCGGCAUGUAG